GAAGAUCCAAGGUAUGGCCUCCAAGGUAUCCAUCAUUUCAACAUGCACAAUUAAAUCUUCUGGAAGAAGUCCAGAUAAUUGUAAAAUUAUUGAGUUGACACCAUGGGACAUUUAUGAGCUUCAAAUUGAAUAUGGGCAAAGUGGACUCCUGUAUCCCAUGCCUACAUUUGAACAAGUAAGAGAUUUAUCAAAAUCAACAAAUACUACUACAUUAAUUGAUCAUCUUAGAGUAUCACUAUCUCGAACUUUAGAUUUCUUCCCUCCAUUCUGCGGCCGCCUUGAGGCAGCCCAAGAAGAGAAGAGUGGAACCACUUGUUUCUUCGUCAACUGUAACAACGUCGGUGUGCAAUUCAACCAUGCGAUAGCUGAUGGUGUUACAGUUGGCGACAUAAUGGAAUCAAAUUUGGUUCCUCAUGUGGUAAACGAUUUCUUCCCACUAACUGGAGUCCAAAACACAGAGGCUACCUCCCAACCAUUUUUAGCUGUGCAAGUAACAGAGCUUGUGGAUGGCAUUUUCAUUGGCUGCGCAGCCAAUCACGCAUUAGUUGAUGGAUCAUCCUAUUGGCAUUUUUACAAUUCUUGGGCUGAGAUAUCUCGGGGUUGUAAUGUCAUCUCAAAAAUUCCUUAUUUAAAACGUAAAUUUCCUUUCAAAAUGGACCAUUCCUCUGAUCGCAUUUAUGUACCAAAUGAAAGAAUCAAUGCAGGUGAUAAAUUCACUCCACCAGCGCUGCGAGAAAAGGUAUUUCACUUUAGCAGAGAAAAUGUGUCCAAGCUAAAAGCAAAGGCCAAUCAUCAAAUGAACACCACCAAGAUUUCUUCACUUCAAGCUGUACUGGCUCACCUUUGGCAAUCGGUGAUACGCUGUCGUCGUCUUGAUCACAGCGAAGAAACUACUUUUGAGGUAUCCAUUGACAUGAGGAAAAGACUGAAUCCUCCAUUACCUGAAGGGUUCUUUGGGAAUGCAAUUUACCCUGCACCCACAACUAUCAAGACGGGAGAGCUGCUGGAGCACGGAUUUGGAUGGGCUGCUUUACAAAUUAAUAAGACGAUUGCUACCCAUGAUCAUGAAAAGUUGAAGUGCAUAUACGAGAAUUGGAUGAACGAACCUGAGGUAACAAAAUUGGGGGAUUUGCCAAGCAAUUACUUUAUGCUGAACGGCUCUCCGCAAUUCAAUUUUUAUAAGUAUGAUUUUGGUUGGGGAAAGCCGAUUGCACAUAGAGGUGGGGUGGGGAACCUGUUAGAUGGGAAGAUAACAGUGUCACCUGGGCUAGGAGAAGGGAGCAUGAUUGUUGAAAUUUGCCUUUCUUCAGAGACAAUACAAGCAUUGGAGGAAGACAUAAUAUUUGGGGAGUUUGUGAACACUACACCAAUGGUUGCUGUGGAACCAACAAUUCGAUCUCGUAUUUAACUGUUUUUUAUGGUAGUUCUUGUUAGAUUUGCAAGCUUCUUUAUCAAUAGAAUAAUGCACCAUAGAGGUGUUUACUUGUGUGUUUAAGGGAUGCUGCUUGUUUCUUUUUCUUUUUUGAGAAUUGAGAAGCUACAUUGUUUUCAAAGUUA